AUGAAGUUCCUGACCUUCUUCUUCGCUACUCUGCCACUCAUGGCCAUUGCUUCUCCUAUUCCGGAUGCUGAGCAUCCCGAAUGGCCCGCUAACAACGCGGUUCGCCCUGGAGAGACCCCCAAUGCUGAAUCCGAGAACAAGGAGUUCGUCUAUUGGCGCCGCGAUAUGAACCACCCCGAGUGGCCUGCUAAUAAUGCCGUUCGUCCCGGGGAGACCCCCAACGCUGAAUCCGAGAACAAGGAGUUCGUCUAUUGGCGCCGCGAUAUGAACCACCCCGAGUGGCCUGCUAAUAAUGCCGUUCGUCCCGGGGAGACCCCCAAUGCUGAAUCUGAGAACAAGGAGUUCGUCUAUUGGUAG